UCGAGUCGCCGCCAUUCGAGCGGUUAGCGCCUGCGUACAUCUUGUUUACAACUGCGGAGCUUACCAUACACAUGACCUUUACAAGAUGGACAUGAGCGCCUAUUUAGCUGUCUAUGCGUGCGACGGAGAAAAGUUCAAGAUACGUGCGUGUCGUUCGUGAACGUUGACGUGGGCGGAAGGAACCACGGAAUCGGGUGAUCUUUGACUUGGCUAUCCGGAAAAAUAGUCAAGCCACAGGUUCGUGAUCACAAGUGACGCGGUAUUUGUCGCUCACACGCGGGCGGAAGGGGGAAGAGAGGGAUGGUGGGUACGAAAGGAGACCCAAAUUUUUCACCUCGAGCAGAUGUGAUUACCGUGAACAGAUUUCGCGUGUGUUCGAUCGGGAGUUCGCGUACAACGGAAGGCGUCCACGUUGCCGUAAUGUUGUUAACGGCACUGUGAACUCUAUUUAUGUGUUUUCUUCUGCAAAGUGUUCGAUAUACAAGGGGUGUGGGAAGAAUAGUGCGUGUUCCUCGCAUCGACCUGGAAUGUUACCGUGUUUUGAUGUGCCUACUAUUGCACAUGAAAAAAUCGUCCUGCCCUUGACAAUAGCCUAUUUACCCGAAGCAGGCCGCCUUUAUACCGCGCCAACCAACGAUAACAGGGGUUCAACCACCCACCUGCGUGUACGUUGUCUGUCCCUCUCUCUUUUUCUCUACCUCUCCACGUAUUUCUUCUAAACAUACUUGCAAACGAGCAAACAAGCCAGCAGCCAGAAGCGUGCGCGCGCGCGCACGCAUGCUUCCGCGUGUGUUGUGUACACGUGAACACGCCCGCGUGUGUCUAUCUCUCUCUCUUGUAUCAUCGUGUAUACAACCGUUUCUUUAUAUGUGGCCGCCGCCUGUGUAUGUAUACGCGCCACCAUUGUAGACCACGCAGUAAAUUGUGUUAUUCGACGCGAUAAACAGGUGCACGAGCCUUAUAGCCCAGAAAAACAAUUCUCGGAGGUUUAAACGGUUUUCUGAUAAAGAGACGUUCAGACAAAUGUGGAAACGCGUGAAUGGUGGUAAAUAUUUUUGACCUUAGGCUGCGCGCAAUCCGCCCUGGGAUAUCAGAGCUACGAAUCGUGGCGGUCGAAAUUAGACGAAAACGCGUGACAGGUGGAAUCCGGAGCUACGGAGAACGGCCAUCGCAGAAAGUUGCCAUGUAUACGAUCCGCGUUUUCCAAGAAUCCGUCACGAAGGGUUUUCGGUUUUCAUCGUAGGAUUAACAGUCUCUUAAUUCCCUAACCUCGGAAAACGUGGUCAGUCGAUAAUGUACCUUUGUCCGAGUUGCAUCAAAAAGACCGAUCUAUGCGACGCCCUUAGUACACGUUGAGUGCACAUGCACCGUGGUGGCGUGUUAUUGCUUAUUUACCCCCGACACGUGCUUCCACCGUUAGCGUGCUUCGAGUACAACGAUAUCGACGACGACCUUUUCGCGAUAAAAGCAGGACGGCGGACACGUUGCGCGGAGAAAAACAAUACAAUACGAUUACGUGAGUUUUAAGGAAACGGUAUUAUUUUUUUUUUCAUUCGAGUUUCGUUAUGUGCACGAAGACGCUGAAACGUGGUUAUAUCAAAUCGUAUCUUCCAGUCGUAUUCUCCGUGCAAUAAUCGUCGAGGACGGAAGUGUUUCCCUGUUCGAGCCUCUUCGACAACGUGGGUGGGAUUACGCAUUCUGCUACGAUGAACUAUCCAGAAUAGCAUGUUUUUGUACAAGAUGCACACGACGAAUUGAUUAUUCACGAUCGCUUCGUACCAUGUAAAUGGCACAAAAGAACGUGUCAUUAGAGGACUAGCAAGAUUCUUCGCAACGACGGCCUUUUUGACCGUCACCGCGGCGAUGUCUUCGGGCAGGGGUUUAGUCUCCCCUUCAGGAGGUCCCGUUGUUCGCUACGGCCAUGUAAAGAAACUGAAGACCCAAAAGAAGAAAUUUUUCGUCCUGCGAGGCGAGGCGCCAGGAUACCCCGCUUGCCUCGAAUAUUACGAUAGCAAAAAGAAGUUCGAGAACAGACAGCUGCCGAAACGUAGCAUCAUGCUGGACAGCUGCUUCAAUAUCAAUAAACGCGUGGACACUAAACACAAGCACGUUAUCGCGUUGUACACGAAAGACGAAUGCUUUUGCUUGAUUCUCGAAAGCGAAAAGGAACUGGACGAAUGGCUGAAGGCGAUGCUUUUACUUCAGAGUGGAGAUGUAGCCGAUGGAGAGCAACCUCGGCCUAUAUUUGAACAUGUGUGGCAAGUUACAAUGCAGAAAAAAGGAUUGGGUGAACGAAAGAAUAUUCAUGGUCCUUAUAGGCUAUGUUUAACUGAUCGCACAUUAAGUCUGGUGAAAAUAGGAACAAAGGAUAAUUCAAAUACUAUUGAGUUUCCUCUGAAUUGCAUUAGACGAUGUGGCCAUAUGAGUCGUAUCUUCUACAUGGAAGUAGGUCGUUCUGCGAUCACUGGUGGCGGAGAAUUGUGGAUGGAAGCUGAAGACAGUAACAUAACACAUAAUAUGCAUGCUGCUAUUAUGAAUGCUAUGAGUAAUUCUAGUAACAGUAAAGACGAUGUGGAACCCCGUCAAAGGAAACGUAGUUCUUCUGCAACGGAGGCCAGCAAGCCAAUCUUUGUCUUACAACGUCGCCAUGCUGGGCCAAAGUUCCAUAAUUUUUCACCAUUGGAAGAACACAAGACGCACGAGGAGCACGUGGAUCCACUGCAGGAGCAGGAGCAGUCUAAUCAGACUCAGAGUACCUCUUCUUGCAAUACAGUCGUGGUCGUUGCUGGUACCGGGGCUGGAACUGCUGGGAUUGCCUCGACUAAUACCAACUGUGCCACUACUACUAGACGUCGUCAUUCGGUAGCGAGUCAUCCCCAUUCCGUCAAUAAUUCCCAAUCCGUUCAUGUCACAACAACAAGUACAACUACAACAACUAGCACCACUAUCACCAUCACUACGACCGCUACCGUGACCACCACAACCACAACCGCGACAAUAUCCCAUCAGAGAACCCUGUCGCUGCCCUUAGCUGCCGUUAUUAUCAAUCAAAUGCAAUCAUCUAAAAGAUCAGUUUUACGCUGUACAAACGGGCGCGACAGAUGCGACAGCUUACCGUCGAGGGCUCGUACCACCAGCGAGAGCCAUCCUGCAUCGGUAUUGAGUCAUUCUCGAAAUACUCACUUUGUGUCUCACAUCCUGAGACCGCAUUCUAUGUAUGUGAGAGGCCUUUCCUAUUCGCCACCGAUCAGCUCGAUGCCUAUCAGUCCUGCUUCCGGGGCUUGCUCCACGGAUUCCGCGGGCUCAUCUCUUUCAAUGGACGAUGGUGGCGAAAACGUAUUAGAGGAGGGCACGGUAUCCAGAUAUGGACAUUCUUUGACGCCUGACGAGCCUGUCAUUUUGGAGGAGAAUGGCGACGAUUAUGCUCUGUGGUCCAUAUCACACUCGCAUCACAAAUAUUCGCCAAAUUUCAAGUCACAUUCUCCUUCCCAGAGUUCCUAUAUAGAUAUGUACAGUCCUUAUGAAUCAAGUCCUGGUCGUGGUGGUGGAGCCUACAUGCCAAUGAGUUCAGGGACAGGGCACUCGCAUUCGCGGGCGUCAUCGCUCGUCGAAGAAGCCAAUACUUUACCAGAGGGUUACGUACCUAUGGCACCCGUUGGGCACAACGGAUAUGUCGAUAUGGAUCCUUCGCAUAGUCACAACGGCCAUUUCUCUGACGAUAUGUCGCAGCAUGGUGGCAGUAGUUGUUCUGUUACUUCCGGUACACCUAGCACCGACUUACGGUUUUCUGAAUAUCAUUUGGAUAAAGUGACCAGUUUUCUGCCGCCUGGAGAAGAUUUACAAUCCAGACCAACGAGAGCUUAUUCCAUUGGAUCUCGACCAGAACCUACAAACAGGCAUCGUAAAAAUAGGUUGGACAUUACUCAACAGGAAGCCAGCAGGGUACGAGCGUUCUCUGUAGGCAGUAGGUCCAAAAAACCUGAGAUCGGAAGGUUAGUGAACGUAAUCACUGCACCAUUGCCAGCUGGUUCUGAGAACUCGAGUUCUAACAAAUCAAACUCGGCACCAUUGCUAUCCAGUUCUUGGGGGCACAACUCUGGUUGUUCCAUAACUUCCGAGCGCAUGGAAGAUCUAAUGGAAUUGGACUUUACGAAACCCAGUAUUUCUACAACACUUCAUUCAUCGCCUUCGUCUUAUUCGCAGUCACACUCUCAAUCGCAUUCAUACUCUACUGCCACCGACACCAGUUCCUAUGUUGAUAUGUCUCCAGGACAACCGCCUUCAUCGACCACCGCCCCGUACGUCGAUAUGUGUCGCAUUAAUAAGAUCAAUCGUAAUAACAAUAAUAAUACAAUCACUGCCAAUCAAAAUCAUAGUCAUAUACAUGUAUCGUCCUCUGCUCCCACACAUAAACCCGAGUUUACUACUUUGAAGCCAGUGGAAGAAGCAGAAGGGCCUUACAUGAGAAUGCAUGGUGUAAUGGAGGAUUGGUCCCACUCCGACACGAGUCCUAAGCAAAUUUCAUCGCCUAUGCAAGAAGAAUGCGUCCAAUCAAACGGACCACCAGGGGUCACGAGAACGGCACCAGUCGAUCUUCCACGGCGUCCACCCGUCGACUAUGUCGAGAUGAACUUUAAAUCGAGAACAACCUUAGAACAAGACUACAUAAAUAUGAAUAUGAGUAAUCGAAAUAACCGUAAAACAACGCGGGCGGGUAGUCGAAAGGAGAAGUUGCGUUCUCAACCGAUCGCGAUCCAAGCCGGCAAUAAACCUGUAAAAGCGCCUAGUUUCUUACCCCUAAACGGAAGUCCGGAAUCAGAAAGCUUGUCGAGUACUCCCGCCUCGCCUCCACAGGCAACUCCGACAGGUUCCUCGGCGACUAUCUUCCCCUUCUCUUUAAACAGUCCUCAGUCUCCCGAGAAAUCUUUCAUUCAUCAAAAAAAUAACGCCGGAUCAUCAGAGUUAAAUGUGACUUUCAAAGUUAACGAGUGCGCGAUCGUGGAACCCGCGAGCAGGGUGAACACGGCGAAUAGUUCCGUUUCAGCGACGGAAGCGAACAAUACUUCGUCUAAAGUAGGCAGCGAUAGACCGGCUAGUCCUGCAGGAAUGGAUAACCAAGUAAAUCAAGUGAUAUCGAACUUGUUGGCCUCGCAAGAUCAUAUAUUGAACACUGUAACGAAGAGGUUCGCCGACUUGAACUUGUCGAAACCACGUUUGGUAACCGCGUCUCCUAAUACCAGUCCCACGCUAUCUGGAUUUAAGGCAACCGUUGAAAGUCUAACCCUCGAAAAGCAACCGUCGUCUCCGAAAUUGUCGGACGAGACACCAACGCCUACGCCUACAGCCACGCCAAGCCCGUUAGAGAACGAGAGUUACGACAAGCUACAAUCCGGUGCGACAAUUUUGCACUACGCUAGUCUUGAUCUUCCCGAGGUCGGGAGCACGGCGCCAGUUUCGCCGGUGUCGCAAGAAAGCUUUAAUUACGCCGAAAUCGAUUUUGAAAAACUUAAGCAAAAUUAAAACGCCAUCUUGGAUGCGGUUAGCAGAGGUGGGCAAAAUUUGAUUGGAAUAAUAGACGACGGGUAAAAUCUCUGUACGAUGAUGUACUCGGAUAAGCUUUUAUUCGUGCAAUGAUAAAUAUAGGUUGACGGGUAUCGAACAAGUAAUUAAUUGGAGGUUGUUGUUUGCCUUUUAUUUGUUCGUCAAAAUUUUUAUCUGGACAAGAAUUUUGCUCGUCUCUGGCGGAUAGUAGUUGUGUCGGUGUAAUACGCGCGUUGCGUAUCGUGAGGUGCUUGGAUUGGCUUGUUGUGCCCGUUCUUGACGGUAAUAAUGAACAGACAGGGCAUUCGAUCGGUCUAACAUUGGCAGAGUCGGAUUAAUGAAUUAGCAGGGUGUCGGAUACGAACUGUAAAUAGUGAAUUCUUUUUAUUCUAACCUUGAGUCGUGAUCGUUUUAUCAGUCCUGACAUCCCGAAGGCAAGAUUAGUGCCUAUACUUCUGGUUAACACUGUAUCGGAUGUUGUUUCUCUUUUAUCCGCAUGAAGCGACUCCGUUGUAAAAUUAUGUACAAAGGUGAUGCGAGUUUUUGAACUUUUGAUGUUCGUGACGUUCGUUUACUGUUUUUUUUCUUUUUUAAGCGAAAUGUUUUGAUAAGAUUUAUUGAUAUUGUCUGCGUAUUUGAAAUUUUAUCUCGUUUAAGUUUUUAUUGAUCGAAUGUUAUCGUGAAGUAUUCUUAUGAUUAGUAACCGCAAAAUGUUUUCGAUUCGAGGGAAAAAUUGAAGAGUAUUUAUCGACUAUUUUAAAUAUAUUUUUUAGAUGUUAUAGCGAUUAUCGUAAUUGGUAUUAUUAAUCAUGUUAAUUUUAGAAAAUUUGAGUAGAAAUCGAUCGAAACGUGGAACGAUACACUACCAGAAACAUAUGAGUACUAAUUCCGAGUACACGAGGGUAGGAUUGUUUCUUCACUAGAGGGGCUAUGUGUUGGGCGCCAAUGUUGGAUCGAUACAACUCACGGAAUUCGUAUUCAGAACAGACGGCUCUCGAAGUGAAGUAUAGUUAUGUGUUAUCACGCUUUUCCGUAUAAAUUAUGAAUUGCCGAAAUUACUGUCAGAUUCGUUUACACGUACAUACAUCUUAGGUGCGCGCGCGCUCGCGCACUGACAUGUCACAUACAAAUACACACGCAUUUACAGGGUAUUCUGUAAAAGAUGGUACAACCAGAAAGAGAGAAAGAGAGAGAGAGAUGAUUGGUUGUGUAAAAAUAAAUGUAACCAGUCUUACGAUGUUACUGAAGGUAGAAGAGAAAAUAUUUCUUAAUACUACCACGUUUUAUGGGUUCGAUUUUAUGACAUACUUCUCCUCGCAUACAGUUUAAGAUAGUCGGUUAUAAAUUAUAUCAUAUCGUGUAUAUACAUAUGCAUUGUCUAAAUAAUGCUAUAUGUAUAUGUAUAUGCGUAUGUAUAUAUAUAUAUAUGAGCGUGUAUGUGUGUAUGCAUAUGUAUAUGUAUAUAUAUAGCAGUAAUAAGUAUAUUAAUGAUGAAUAAAGCAGUAUGUAUUGCUGUUCUUCAUUAUACAUAUAUUCCUUAUAAAAUAAUUCCUUCUUCUCUGAAGGUUUUUUGAGAAAUGGCAUGUUAACCCUCCGUGGACAACCAUAUUUCUUUCAAACACAAUAGGCAACCUGGAUUUUUUAUUCUUCCGUCUGAUUUUCUAUUGUCCUAGGUUUUGAAACAAACUGAAAAUAUUUUCUGAUACUUAGCAAUGUUUCUGAUUUAUUGUACGAUCGAUCGUUACGUAAAAUGUUUAAAACUUUUUUCAUUGAAAAUAAAAACACGAAAGAAUGUCGGGGAAAAAUGGAAAUUUGCCUGUAUACUGAAUGAGCCCCAAGUUGCCUACGGAGGAUUAAUUUGUAUCGCUGUAUAAUAAUGUUGUUGUAAUUGUACAUUGUCAGAUUUAAGAUUAUUAUUUUGACUGACACUAGCUAAAGUAAGUUUUAUUUCAUUUGAAGUAUAGGUGAAAUCAUUUUUUGUUGCAGAUUAACAAAAUGUCCGUCCACUUGCAAUAGAUCGCGUUGUAUAAUUUUUAGUUUCUCGGUAAAAGGAGUUUUGUUUGAUUUAAAAUAUUAACAUGUAAAUAUAGACUCUUUUACAAAUUAAAUAUUUGGAUGAUUUUAUUAUUUUGUGAACGUAGGUUUAAUAUCGUAUCUUGCGAAAUUCUCGGAUUAAUCGAAUAUUCGAGAACAGUAUCAAUGAGCCGUAUAAAUGUAUCGAUAUUAUGAGUAAUUUACAUUAGUGCGAGUUUUAAUGCCAAAUAAGAUAUUAAAUUUCAUUUUUUCAUUCAAAAUCAGUAUUUAUGUUUCAUUGGACAAAGUAUUCAUUUUUCUAA